AAUCCCCUCCCCCCCAAUUUUUUUUUUUUUUUUUCCAUUUCCCUCCCUCCUCCAAACCCAUCCCAUUUUCCCAUCUUCUUGCCAAACCCCUCUCUGUGUCCCUCACCACUUGCCAUAGGCGCCCUCGCCUUUGUCGCCCUUGCCCACCCUCGCUGGCCGCAAUCACUCGUCGCCGUAGCCUAGUCGCCCUCAGCUUCGUCGCUCACCCGUGCUUGCCGUCGCCCUCUCACCGUCGCCACCCUCACCUUCUCCCUCGGCCUCUGUCGCUCGUUGUCGCCGCCCUCACCGUCCCCGUUGCCCCUGCCAACACCACUUUUUGGUAUAUGUAAUAUGGCACAUAGAUCAUCGUAUGGCCAGUCUAUGCAUUGUCGUUAAUUCAAAGACACUGAUGGGGAGGACCACAUUGGGGGACAUUCAUCUCCGUCCACUGAUAUGAGAUUUGAUUCCCCUAGCCCAUAAACACCCCACCCCAACUAUGAUGGGCCUUCUUCCACGCCUACUGAAGUCGGGGGUUCAUCCACACCCACUGCCACCCCUGAUAAUUGUCCGAUGAUAUGUCCAUUGGGUUUUUCGUUUGAUAAUAAUUUGUGCAAACGAGAUAUUUCUCGAAUUAUCCAAAGUAAGUUUGAGGGGCCAUACCCGAGUUGGAAGAAGACAGAUCCUGCUGUCAGGGAGAUGUGGUAUGGUGAGUUUAAGUCAAGACAAUUUGGUCGCCUACCUACACAAGCUGAGUUGUUCCUUGUGACACAUGGAAGGAAAAAUAAUUCUGGAUUCGUUGAUAGGAGGUCUGAGGAUACUUAUGCUAACUUUCAGACGCGACAACACGAGGCAUCAUCUCAGUUAUCGGCUGUUGGCCAUUCAGAAGAUAGUGAUGUUGGCCAGCCCUCGCACCUAGCUAUUGACGAUAGAUCCUUAUGGUUGGAGGUUGCGGGGGGUAAGAAAAAGGGUUGUGUUUAUGGAAUGGGGUUAGAGGCACAUAUAAUCCCCGGUUCCUACUAUGUACCGACACCACAACCACCACCACAGCCGUCGUCGUCCGUCUCACUAUCAAAUCAGAUACAAGAAGCUGUUUGGGUAGCAAUAGAACGAACCCUUCAACUAGCGAAUCUCGGCUAUUGAAGAUAGACUACAUCACCGUUUUUCA